UUGCUUGCGUGCGGCGGCGGCGCAGUUUGUCGGCAGAACGACGUGUUUCUUGAAGUCACGCAGAAACGUUCCAGAUUGCAGAGCCGCCGACACCGGGAGACGGAUGGCGGCUUCCGAGGUGUCCCGAAUUAUGUGGGGUCCAGAGUCCGGGAGGAUGGUUUGGGUGGACCUGGAGAUGACUGGUCUGGACAUCAUCAAGGACCAAAUCAUUGAAAUGGCAUGCAUCAUUACAGACCCGGACCUGAAUAUUUUGGCUGAGGGGCCCAAUUUGAUAAUCCAUCAGCCGGACGAGCUGCUGGACGGGAUGUCUGACUGGUGCAAAGAACACCAUGGCAAGUCAGGACUGACACAGGCUGUGCGCGACAGCAAAAUUAGCCUGCAGCAAGCGGAGUACGAGUUCCUGUCCUUUGUCAGACAACACACUCCACCCGGACAAUGUCCUCUGGCUGGUAACUCAGUCCAUGAAGAUAAGAGGUUCCUGCAGAAGUACAUGCCUCAGUUUACGUACCACCUUCACUACAGGAUCAUCGAUGUCAGCACCAUCAAGGAGCUCAGCAGACGGUGGUUUCCCGAAGAAUACAAGAGGGUGCCUCAGAAGAAAGCAUCCCACAGAGCGCUGGAUGACAUCAGAGAGAGCAUCACAGAGCUGCAGUUCUACAGAGCACAUGUCUUCAAAACCUCAACGGAGGAGAAGAAGUGUGAGAUCAUGGAGAACGGAGGCAACGGCCACCGCAUGCCCCAGUGAACACAGUUCUCAUGAAGGAGGCCGUUCAGUGGUUAUUUCAGUUUGGUAUUUCACCGGACUCCAUCUUUGUUUGAGAAUUGUUCCAAAGUUUUAUGUGAAGGUUUCUUCACAGGGAGCAAAGUUAUUGUUUAUAUAAAAGAAAACCCUGAUUUUCAAAGGAAGAAAAUCAAAA